CACCCGGAAGUCGCUGUUAGUCGCCGAGCUGCUCCCAGGCUGUGCGGUGUGAGGAGUCAGGAUGGUGACAGAGGGAGAGCCGGGAAGCCUGGUGAAGGUGAUCUAUCUUCUGGUGCUCUCGGCAUCAUGGGGCAUGCAGUUCUGGAUGACCUUUGUAGCAGGGUUUGUGUUGAUCAGAGGGGUGGCCCGGCACACGUUUGGCCUGGUACAGAGUAAACUGUUCCCAUUUUAUAACCACAUAGUCAUGUGUUUCUCUUUUUUGAAUCUGGCGGUGUACGCCAUGUACCACCCGCGGGAGCUGCUGUCACCCAGCGAGAGUGUGCAGAUCGCCCUCUUCUUCAUAUCGCUGAUCGUGUCUGCGCUGCACGCCCGCUGGUUCUCGCCCUCCACCUCCAAGGUCAUGUUCAAGAUGCAUGUCAUUGAGCGGGAGCACGGCCUGGGUCAGGGCAUAGGGUUGAGCGCCAAUAGCGAAGGCUACAAGCUCCUGCGGGAAAAGGACCCCAAGUACCAGGCCCUGCGGAAAUCCUUCCUGCGCUACCACGGCAUCGCGUCUCUCUGUAACCUGCUGUCCCUGAUAUGUAAUGGCGCCAAUCUCGUGUUCACCGCCCUCCUGCUGCCCAGCUUGUAG